AGUAGGCCGCGCAACCAUAGAAAACAACCGCUUACAUUAAGUCGCUGUCGUCCGCAGAGCGUGGAGUGAGUGCGCUCCCGCGCAGUCAAACUUUGUUUUCUUGAAUGCCAAUUUGAAUAAUAAUUUGCGAUUAGAUGAAAAAUCUGAUAAAAACUAGUACGUGAUAUUUGUCGUAGUUUUUUCGGUUGUUCCGCGUGCUAUUUCGACGAAAUAUGGUACUGAUCUCAAGGACUACGUCAAGCGAAACGAUGCCUCAAACAGUGCCGUCAGCAUUAACCCCGCCGUUUGACUACAGCAACUUCGCCGAGAGUUUCGACCUGUCAUUACUACCCGGCGAUGAUCAGUUAAUUUCUGCUUCCACGCAACUCUAUUCCCCAACGCCGGAAAAAUCUUUGCAGCCCAAAAUAUUCGCAAGCUUCUAUCCCAGCUCGCCGGAGAGCGAGUCGACCGUUCCAAAUGACGUAGAUUUCGGCCCGGAUUUCCAGAAGCUACUAGGAGAAGAUCGAAAAUUUUCCACCUCGCCAAUCCACCUCGAGGUUCCAACAACUGGCAACCACUUCGGACCACCUUCUCCGUUUUCACCCCAAUCCCAAGAAUUGAUACCGCCUAAUGAUCGAUUUUCAAAUUAUAGGGAACAUAAUUUUUACCCGAGUUCCCCUGAGUACUCGGUACACACUCCAUCUCCGGGAUCUAUUUACUCUAGAUCUCCUUGUGACGAAUUUUUGCAAACCAUAAAACAAGAGAGUCCAUUUUCGAACUCGAAUUCUCCGCUGCCCAGCUUCAGUCAGUUCGGAAUAAAAGAAGAAAGUUACGUGCUUAGUUGUUCGUUCUCCUCGCCUACCUCCCCGGCGCAUUCGAAUUUUUCCGGGAGCUCUUCCCCUAAGCAAUUAAAUCCGAAAAGUGAGUUUAUUGAUCUUUUGGAAACGUCGGGACUGGACAAACCGAUUAAACAAGAGAGUACGGUGGACUUUAGCGAAAUUCUCAGCGGGUUGCAGAAUACCAACACCCUUCGUCAGAUCCUUCAACAAAAACCUGGAGAAAAUCCGCCGCAAACGGUACCCGAGGCGCCCAAAGAUCAUCAGUUGCUCCGACAGGUUCUCAGAGACACGAGCUUUCAGAAAAGGUUUAACGUCAAGCCUAUCGAGUUCCCAUUCAACGGAGAAGACAUCAAAAUGGAGGAACCCGACGAAAACGACCAGAACGAACUGAUCAUAAGCUGUGAGGAGCAAAUCGCCAGAGAAACUAUCGAACCUGUAUUAAAUUUGGCCAUUGAACAGAUGAGGAAAGAUGUGGACAAUACCUGUACUACCCUUGGAAUCGCACUGGAUCCAACAAAAUGGAGUCCCGCCGACGUCCUGUCUUGGAUCCGGUGGACGUCCAGGCAGUUUAAUUGUCCUGAACCUGCGGCCGAAAACUGGGAGAUGACAGGGCAAGAGUUAUUGGCCCUUUCAGAAGAAGAUUUCACGAGAAGAGCACCGCAGGCCGGCAUGAAUCUGCAUGCCCAACUGGAAAUAUGGAAGGCCGCCUAUUCGGAGGAUAGUGGCAAACAUUGGUUUCCGGAAUCUGUUUCUAGCAACGCUUCGAGUGGUGAUAUAUCGGAGGACGAGGAUGAUGAAACUCAUCCUCAGACCGACCAAUCGAAACCCACCACGUCCAAGACAGGAUCCCAUAUUCACUUGUGGCAAUUUCUCAAGGAACUGCUCGCGAAUCCCCAAACUAACGGUCCUUGUAUACGCUGGUUGGAUAGGUCAAAGGGAAUCUUCAAAAUCGAAGAUUCGGUCAAGGUGGCUCGGUUAUGGGGCAAAAGGAAGAACCGACCCGCAAUGAAUUACGACAAGUUAAGCAGAUCAAUUAGGCAGUAUUACAAAAAGGGCAUCAUGAAGAAGACUGAACGGUCGCAGAGGCUAGUGUAUCAGUUUUGCCACCCUUACAGCUUGUAAGGGGGCUAAAACGCACCAAAUUCCGUUUUUUUUUUGUAUAUAAAAAACAAAGACUCAAUAGGAUUAAUCGGGGGUUAGCGGUUAAGGCGUCGGUGCUUAGGGUUAUUUAUUGUAAACAGCAUUUUAAAGUUAUUAAAAUGCUGGAAUAAUCUAGAGUCAAUUGGGGUAUUACUGUUGACUUUAGCGUUCGCCUUUUAGGCCCCAUUCGGAAGGUAAUUUCCAAAGUUUCUUAUAUAAAAUAUUUGCCAGUUAGUAAAAACUUUCGUACGGAAGCUUAAGCGACGUCACCGAGAAGUAUACUUCCGUUUUCGCCGGCCGGGUGCUCGAGAUAAAAAUCUUUAUGAGCUCGCCGGCGAAUAUGGAAAAAGGUUUCGUCUGCCUAUUGCCUUUCGCGUUUUGAAAGCUGGUGAUCUUGGUCCCAUAUAUCUAUGAUAUAUUAAAGCAUUGUAAGUUCUAUGAACAAUUUUUUUAGUUUAGUGCAAUUCUAAGGUUGUAAAGUUGUAAAAAAUAUGUCGCGUAGUUUUAAAUGGUGACGCCAAAUUCAGAGACACAAGAUAUAGCUGUUACAGCUACCCUAUUUAGACGUCAUCCUUUAUUUAUAUACCGGUGUGGCAAAAUUAUUUUACCAGGUGUUUAAAUUAUUGGUUUAACAAUGUACGAGAAUACUCAUAAUGUACUCUAUGUAAUAUACAUAAUUAUAAUUUAGUACAACUCGAAAGAUCUGAUUUUUUUUAUAAUAUUACGUGUUUUCUUUUAAGAGUAUUUUAAUAGUGUGUUAAAUGAUGUUAUUAUCCACGUUAAUUUUAUUUUUAUAUUUAUAGCGGCAAAGACAAAAUAAA